AUGCAGACCUCUCUGGCGCACGAGCUGCCAGUCGGGGCAGGAUCGGAGGGCGAGGACAGCGUGUGCUGUCUCUCUGGGCUCUCGGGGACGUCUGGGCCUGGCGCAGUCGCGGCGGUGGCUGCCUUGGCGGCUCAGCAACAUCAUCAGAACCUCCUUUUCCUGGCCGCAGAUCUGCAGGGCGCCAUUCGGCGCUGGUGUCCAGUUUCGGGAUCCCCGUCUCGCGAUGCGUUGACACCGAGUCGGGCACGGCAAGCGGCCGUAGGCGCCUCCCCUGCUGGCGCGCCAACCCGCAUGCGUGGCAUGUUUGCGCUGACGGAGGGCGAGCAGAGAGAUGGAAAGCACGGCUACCUCCUGCGGGGAUGCAGGAUCAAAAAGAUUCCACACAAGACAGUUGCGAUGCCUAGACACCUGUAUCGGGAAGAGGCAGCAAUAGAGGAAGAAGACGGGUUGCCUGUUCUCGGAUACCUCGACGGGGAGUUUCUCUUCGGCGCAGAGAGGGAAGAGCCGAGUCUCAACCACGUCCGCACUGCCUCGGCGAGCUCGGCGUGCUCUCGCAGCGGCGGCACCAAGGGCUGGGGCGAGUGGCCUUUGCGGCCGGAAGACGAGGAGUCGCUUUCGACUGGGGAAGAGGGACAAAGCCAUCUCGUGCACACCUCGGGGACCGUCGCCGGAGAGGCCGAGGCCGGGGGGCAUGCUUACUGGGAAACUCCCGAAAGCUUUUUGAGUGCCGACUCUGAACGGAUUCGGGCUACCCAGAGAGGUGACGUCGCGUUCUCGGAGUCAGCAGACACCCCGAGUCCGCACCAAGCGGACGAAGCGGAAGGCGGGGAGGACGCAUCUCAGCCCCGGCAGAGGAUGUCGAGUUCAGAGAGCCGCACUGGCGAGGAGGCGCUGAGUCCUCCAAUCAGCCCCAGAAAACAGAUUCAUGUGUUCCAAACGAAGUUUCGGCGUUCCGGGUCUUCUUCGCCGCGCUCUGCUGCCUCGCUGGAACGCGACGCGCAAGGAAGCAGUUUCGGCGACCGACACGAAGCCGGACGCAGUCGACGCGCUGCUUCGUCAACGGCGGAACAGGCAAAACCGGAAGAUGUACGGGCGUCCGGAGGGAAGGAAAAGAGACGUUACACAGAGGAGUCAGCCGAGGCGGACAGUGCAGCGUCGGUAGAGACAGGUCCGCCUAACGCCCCCCUCGCGUUCUUUCCGGAAGAACAACGCCGCCUACACUCAGAUGAUACGCCCGUGCCCUCAACCACGCACUCUGACCUGUUUGGCGUAGAUGCGCUGAACGGCCACGUGCGAGAGGGUCGAGAGAGCCGUGCACUGAGCGGCCGGGAAUCUACCGAGAAAACAAAGGAAAAAGGGAAAGCAAUGAAACAGAAGAGACAGGAGAGGCUCUUCACCGAUUUGCCAGUGUCCGCAGAUGGCGUCGCUCCCGCUGCGUCGACUGCAGGGCUUGAUGGAUUGUCGCAGUCCGCAGAGGAGAAAGAAAGGGAAGCGCAACCCGUGCGAGAGGAAGAGGCGAGAGAAUGUCGGGAGGCACGGAACGGCCUGCGCGUGGUUUCUCGGACCUCGCGCCGUUUAUCCUCCUCCAGCAAAGACAGAGAUGUGGCACAAGACCCCAGUCUUUGUUCCGACGGCGCGGAAUCGUCCAGUGCAUGCACGACUCUCAAAAGCGCGCACCCUCUGUCGCCAUCCAGUUCUUCGUCCAGCAUGGCCAUGGAGCACACUCUCGUCCGAGAUCCUGUGGAGGCCGCGGUUGCAGCGGCCGCAGCAGCAGUCUCUGCGGCGGCGGCGGCAGUUCGACUCCAUUCGGGUUCAGCGGACGGAGGAAAGGGUGGAGAUGGUUCGCCUUCGUCUCAGUCUUCACUUCAGCGCGAUCAAGGUGACUUGAACAUCUUUGUUCACUCGUGGUUGUCGGCGUGUUGCGAGCGCUUGAGAGCGGCUGCGAUCGAAGCAUGCGGAGCGCGCAGGCAGCAUCCAAAAGCCCGCGACGGCGAGAGCCAUAUGCAUGCCCUCGUUGCUUUCAGUAAGCGCCGGUUGAAGGAAGAGCUUAGAGCGUACGAUCUCGCCUUCGAAAGGCGGUACGGCAGACAGCCGGGGCGUCCGGACAAGGAACCCCUUCGUCCUCUCUACUCUCACUACCAGUAUCUUCGUCGCGUUCUGCUUCGCCUUGAGUACCAGGAAGGGGAGCAGCACACAGGGCGGUCCGUCGCUACCACCUUUGCUUCAGAAGAAAACCUGAGUGUAGCCGCUCCAGCAGAGCCAGUGCAACCUGUCUCAGACGGCAGGCGUGACUCGAGGUGGCAUUCAGCUGUCUCGUCACGAGAAUCAGUAAAGUCGCUUUCUUCACAGCAUGCUGUCGCACGAAAACCGAGAGAGGCCUCCACUGCCGGUGACGGCCAUAGAGGGUUGACUUCGGCUCCGGUUUCGAGACGCUCAGCUGGUUUAGGGCCGGACUCCUUCUCUCGGGCGCACACGGAGCCGUCUAGUGCUGAUCGGUCGAGCAGUGAGCCUUCGAAACUGCAGGCGGCAAUGUCUCACAGGCCAGGAGGUUUGCAUGGCAUUUCAGAGGGGAAGAAAGAGGCAACAGAGAGCUCAGAUCGCGUACCAGGAGUCACACAGCGAAUUUCACAGGGUGCGGUCGUCGUGCCCAGCCCUAAACGGAACGAUUCCGGGGUGUUUGACAGCGAACUGGAUGGGGACACCGUCCGAGGAACUGGAACGGCAAGCGUACGGCAGACACGUCAGUGUGUGGUCACCAGUCGUGUGAGCGCUGGAGCUCUGGAAAAGGCAGCUGGGCCCACCUUGUCGAAGGUAGAUUCAAUGGGCUCAUGUGCUCUCAGCAUGAAAGAGGCGGGAGGGAGGAGAGUAGCUUGGGAAGAGACAGAACUGCGAGUAGACAAGCAGAACCUCGCCGCAGAAACGGCGAGUCCGGGAUACCACGUAGACAGGUUUGGGAACGCCGGGGUAACUCUCUCCCACGAAGCAACGAUAAGUUGCGGGGGAAGAAGUGACAAGGCGGUAGCGGGCAGCAGAGCUCUUGAGCGAAGACGGAGUGGUGGCGAGAAGUUCGAGGAACCGCGGCGGAGCACAGUAGGCGGCAUCACUGGAGCCAAUGGAAUCUCUAGUUCUGACCUUUUGCGGCAGAAGGGGAAAGCCACGUGUCUAGCUGGCAAUACCAGCGGCACUACGUCCCAGGGCGCAGAGCGUGAAACACCUAGUUCGGGCAGUGUGGAGAAAAUGGGGGCGAGUGGCAGACAAAAUUCCGUAGGCAGAUCUGCAUCGCAGCCUGUUGGCGAUGUGGCGACAUCGUUCUCUCAUAUUGUUCGAAAUGACAGCCGAGACGCAGCUGUAGGAGCGGGAGUGUUGAGUAGCGGUCAUACGAGCGCUGUAGUCAGUAAUGAGGGACGUGGAAGUUUGCGGAAAGGUGAAGAAGUGGCAGGCGGAAGUGCGGAUGAGAUAGAGCAGCGACUCCUGCGGCUCCAGCAGGAAAAGCGGCAGCUGAGAACGAAACUGCUGACGUACCAGGCGAACUUCAUUUCAGAGACGGGGAGACAUGUUCGACUCUACAAAGACAUUGCUCCCAUCGAGAGGGAGUACAGAAGAUACAAAGAUGUGAAACAAGAAAUUUCGAGACUCGUUGAAAGGCAGCAGACUCGCCUUUCGGCUACUCCAUCCCACACCACUCUCUGUCAACGUGGACCCGAUGAUGACACCAUACCCUCCGAAGUCUUCGACCAAAACCGACACGAGUUCUGUGUGUAA